GAGACACUUGCAGAGGUAGUAUUAGGUUACAUGAAAGUAAACACUGUGUCACAAAGUCUACACAGCCAUAGCUGCAGCAGCGCACACAGUGGGCAAAGCCAGCUGCAGUUCAUUCAAGGGAAGCCCCUGAAUCUCAUAAAUGUAGCUUCAUCUUAUGGUAUUGAAUUUCGCCAUCAUUUUCUCUACUUUUUGCCAGUGGACCAUUUCAGAAGAUAUCAACUGAGGAAUUCAAGAAUGAAGACCUUUGCUCUUCAAAUACUGGUGGGAUUUCUGCUCCUAGAGGCGGUUCUUGCUGCUCCUGCAAGGAAUGAGAAGAGAACAAAGUUGAAACAAAUACAAUUAUUACCUGACGAUCACAUUGAAGAUCUCGACUAUGUCAAUCAGGAAGCAAGUACUUUGUAUGACUAUGAAGAAGAGUUGAUCAUUAGUGAACCUGAGGUGGAAGUCGGUAGGCUGGACCCUUCCGAGAACAGUGUGUUUGAAACCUAUGGCAGUGGCUAUGAGGAGGAAGAGUCUCCCUAUGGACCUUUGGAUCCUGGUGCUCCGAGUGUGCCUGGCCUUCUUGGCCCUGAAUCGAAAGAAGGUCUUCCAACAUGCCUCCAGUGUACGUGCUUGAGUGGGUCGGUCUACUGUGAUGAUACGGACAUCGAAAGUAUACCUCCUCUGCCGAAGGACACCACACACUUCUACGCACGCUUCAACAAGAUCACAAGCGUAAAGAAAGGGGACUUUGCUGGGCUAAAUCAUCUAAAGAGGAUUGACGUAACAGGUAAUAGGAUCUCUUCAAUCGAUGAAGAUGCUUUAAGACAGCUGCCUGAUUUGGCGGAUCUAAUGAUCGCUUCUAACGAACUUGUUCAGCUUCCUGAGCUGCCGAAAUCUAUGGUCAACAUUGAUGCAAGUUACAAUAAACUACACAGCAAUGGGAUAAAAAAAGAGGCAUUCAAAGACAUGAGUAACCUUGCGUAUCUGUACCUGGCUGGCAAUGCACUGAGUUAUGUUCCACUUCCUCUGCCUGAAAACCUGCGUUCUAUCAAUCUACAGGACAACAAUGUACAACAGAUUGAUGAUGACACUUUCUGUAAUUCGAAGGACAUUCAUUAUGUUCGCAAGGCUCUUGAACAAAUUAGACUGGACGGAAAUCCCAUUAAUCUUAGCAAAACACCCAAUGCCUAUAUCUGUCUGCCCCAGGUGCCCUUUGGCAAAUAUUAAAGAUCCGUAAUACUGUCACCAGUUGACAGCAAACAAAGGUUUCAUAUUAUCGUGCUUAGGAUUUUCAACGGCAAACUGAUUUUUUUCUCCCCAAAGAACCUUUUAAAAUGCAAUCUAAUGUACAAACAAAUAAUUCAGAAGAGAUAAUUCUGUUCAAACUAAUUCCAUUUGUAAUGCUGGGCAACAAAAUAAAAGGCAAAAUGUUGUAAAUGUUUAAAGCUGAAGUAUGUUUUAGUCCAACCUGUAAUGACAAUCUGUCCACACAAAAAAUCUAAUAAAAAAAUAUGAUGUGGUUAAUACAUUCUUGUUACUGAUUAAGAAGUAUUCCUUCUUGGCAAUUUUUCAAUUCACUUCACGUUUUAAGCUUGACUAUUAACGGAACAAUUUGACGAGUUUUUUAAAUAUUCCUUUAAAGCAUUGUACUUUAUUGUUAAGGUCCAGUGGGUCCAUGUUUCUUCUCAACCUGCCUUGUAACUGUUCCUCAGACUGUACUGCAGCACAAAUAAAUGGCUCAUCAAUA